AUGGGUUCCUCCGAUGAGCCGUCAGCGCCGCCGUCGGGCUUUGUUCCCGGAACUGUUCAUCUCGUUGAUCUUGAGGGAACAAUGGCAUCUCGCCAUGCUGCUGGGGGUGCUCGGGACGUUGUGUUGAUUCCGACGCCUUCGAACGAUCCCGAUGACCCUCUCAACUGGUCGCCACGGAGGAAGACGCUGCUUCUGAGCUGCCUUUGUGUAUAUUGCCUUUCCAUCGGCAUCGCCUCGGCGGCUAUCUACUCGAUCCUCGUGCCCAUCUCUGCCGCAACCAACUUAACGUUGGGCGAUCUCAAUGCCGGUACUGGAUACAUGUUCCUGACAUUAGGAUGGGGCUGUUUGGUCUGGCAACCACUGGCCCAGAAAUACGGCAAGCGACCAGUCUAUCUGCUAAGCUUGCUAGCAACUUUGUUGAUCAUGGUCUGGGCUCCCUACGCAACGACGGGUAGCCAAUGGACAGCCAACAAAGUUCUUGAAGGCUUUUUUGGAGCACCAAUAGAGUCUCUUUGCGAGAUAUCGAUCGCGGAUGUGUGGUUCACACACGAGAGAGGUACUUACAUGGGCUUUUAUGCUCUGUUUCUUUUCGGCAGUAACUUCCUCGCCCCUGUUAUUGCCGGGUUCAUCAAUGAUGGUCAAGGAUGGGAAUGGGUCUUGCACUGGUGCGCUAUCUUCUGUGGUAUCGGGUUUCUCAUAUGCUUCUUCUUCAUGGAAGAGACCAAUUAUCAGCGUGUGACGGUGUUGAAUGCCGAGAUCUUUGCUGGUGAUGGAACGGAGUCGUCAGCUGAGAAGGGAGCCAAGAGUCAAUCCGAUACCGACAAUGUCGCCCCCAUCCAGCCCGAUGUCGAUGGAACUUCAAAGACACCAUCUCCAAAGACAUUCAUGGACAAGAUCAAGAUGUUCCGGAAGCAGGAUAUGAAUCCGCAGUUGUCACUCAAGACGAUGGCAAUUCGCCCAUUCCUCUUCUUUUCUUUUCCGGUUAUCGUGUUCUCUGGAUUCAUGUACGGAGCCAUCCUCUGUUACUUCAACGUCCUCAACGGCACUGCGUCUCUCAUCUUGUCAAGCCCACCCUAUAACUUCCGAGCCAGCAUUGUGGGUCUUUCGUAUGUCUCCUGCCUGAUAGGAGUUGCAAUUGGAACGUUGUAUUCCGGCCAUCUUGGCGAUGCGUUCAUCCUUUGGAAAGCCCGACAUAACAAGGGUGUCAUGGAGCCUGAGUUCCGCCUCUGGCUCUUCUGCGCACUGAUGGUGGUUAUCCCCGGCUCCCUGCUUCUGUGGGGAGUUGGUGCGGCCCACAAGGUACACUGGUUCGGCUUGGUGUUCGCAAUGGGGGCCUUGAGCGGAGGUGUGACCGCUGGGAGUCAACUUGCCAUCACAUACUGCAUCGAUAGUUACAAGGAACUCGGCGCCGAUGCGAUUGUUACAGUCAUUCUUAUCAGGAACACCAUGAGCUUCGCGGUGUCGUAUGGUAUCACGCCAUGGGUCACGAAUAUGGGUUGGCAGAACGCGUUUCUGGUUGCAGCGUUUGCUGCACUAGCUCAGAUUUCACUUUUCUUCUUGAUGAUCAAGAAGGGUCGGGGCUUCCGCCAAAAGAGCGUUGCCAGUUAUUGGAGAUAUCGAGAGCACGAAUGA